UUCAGUGGCAGAACAGAUGGGAGGGUGCACUACGGAGCAGCGGCGAGCAGAGCGGCACAGACGGGAUACGUGGUGGCAGUUGGGAGAGAACACCGAAGAUGGCUGAAGGUGCAGACAUGACAUUCCUCCUGGUCUCUUUUAAGAAAUUUGCAAUCCACGGGGACACCAAAGCCACUGGGAAAGAGAUGAAUGGCAAAAACUGGGCAAAGCUCUGCAAAGACUGCAAGGUCAUCGACGGCAAGAACGUUACCAGCACCGACGUGGACAUUGUCUUCUCCAAAGUGAAGGCAAAAAACUCCCGUGUAAUCACCUAUGAGGAGUUCGAGAAGGCCUUGCAGGAGUUAGCACCAAAGAGGUUCAAAGACCAAAGCAAGGAAGAGGCUUUGCAGUCCAUUCACAAGCUGAUUGAGGGGAAAGAGCCUUCGAACACUGGCAUAACGAAAAUUGCCAAGACUGCAGCGGUGGACCGGCUGACUGAUACGUCCAAGUACACGGGUUCGCACAGGGAGCGUUUUGAUGAAAGCGGGAAGGGCAAGGGCCGGGGCGGGCGCGAGGAGCUGGUGGAGAACACGGGUUACGUGGCCGCCUACAAGAACGCCGGUACGUACGAGGAGAAGACCAAGGCCAAGUAGCCCUGCAUCCAGACUACGGGUGCCUUUGCGGGACUUCUGGUCUGGACCAGGUCGGAUAUGUGAUCCAAAUUACAGCCCAGAGCUGUAGCGUUUGGUGUCAAGAGAGGAUGAGGAAGAAGAGCUGUCCACCCACCUUCAUCAGUUCUUGCACGGCUGCUUUCUCAGUACUUAAUGAGAACGGCUCAAACACAUGGCCGUGUAUGGAUGCAAAGUCAUUGUGUCCACAGAUAUGGGGAUAUGGGGUCAUCUGCUAACGAAGGAGACAGCAGCUGAUAUUUACUUCCAUGUUAAAAAAAAAAAAAAAAGACGAGCCUCGCACGCUUCAUUCAUUCUUCUCCCCUUCCACUUGAUUUUUUUUUUAAUCGUCUUACCAUGCUAACAUGUUUAAAUUCAAGUAUUCUUCUGCUGAAUGGGCUGCUCAUCCUAAUAAUUUCCCAGUGACGUUCUCUUGUUUUAUUAUACAGCUACAACACACACCAGGAGUUACAAUAUUGGUAGAGCAUCGCAUGGCUGAGCGUUUGCAUCCUGAAACAUCAAUAUAUGCUGUACAUCCAAAAAGCAAAUGAAAACAAACGACAACGUCUAGGAUUGCAUUUAAGGGAAUCGUGUUUACUUUUUUUAAACUGUACUAAUCAUUAGAUCUCAAAUCCUUCUCAAAAUAAUAAGCUGUUCCUGCUACUUGUAAAUAUUUUCCUUUAAUCUACAUAUCAAUACUCUCUUAAUUUUUUCCAAAGUUGUGCUGAAACUGGAAAAAAAAAAAAACUGGAAAAAUGCAUUCAGUGUCUUCUCAAGAAAAACUCCACAAAUCAACUGUCACGAAUAUUAAGGUUUUUGUUUUUGAAGGCUUUUUAAAGAAGGAAAAUAAUAAAAGUGAGGAUGCUUCCAUUCCAUGGCAAUGUUUAUGUAUAGCAGUCAAACUGAACACCAUCAAAGAGGAUCUGUUACAUUGUUGAGUCUAUCCUUGCAUUUCCUUCUUUUUGUAUUAAAAUGCAUUUU